ACAUUCAACAUAGCUAUUUACCCGAGUUCUUUUCCUCCAAGGACGAAAACCCUUAGUUUCCCGUUAAGCUUUCUUCAACAUUCAAUCAACAGCAGACGUUUCCUCCAUCCCAGGUCUCAACUGCAGUCUAUAUUCUCCUUGUGUGGUCAUGAUGCGUUACUGGGGUGAGAUCCCGGGGCCUGCGGGGGCUCCUCCCAGUCGCAGUUCCUUUGACUUGCUCCAGCGUGAGUUUCGAUCCGUGGAGAUGCAGGACCCUCCCUUGCACCAGCCCUCUGCACAGCGGCCACGGCCCACCACAAUGCUUGAUAUCCCCUCUGAGCCGUGCAGCCUCACCAUCCACACAGUGCAGCUGUGCCAGCACGUUCGCCGUCUCCGAGGUCUUCUGGCAGCAGCCCAAGCCCAAUCUCAGGGUCAGAGCUCAACAUCCUCCGAGGGUGGCAGCAAGCUGGACGAGGCUGAUACCAACCUGCCGUUAUGCCCUCCCACCCCACCUGUUAUGCCAGAUGACCUGCUACCUGUGGAUAGCAAAGCCCCCCGACAGCCCUUUCAGCUCCGCCACAGCGACCCUGAAAGUGACUUUUACAAAGGUAAAGGCGAACAGGUCACAGAACUGAGUUGGCCCUCCUGUAGGCAGCUACUGUAUCAGUCUGUAGCGACCGUCCUGGCCCAUGCUGGCUUCGAAUCUGCUCAGGAAAGCGUCCUGGAGACGCUCACGGAUCUGGUCCACGAGCAUUACCUGCGUCUAACCCGCCUGCUGCGGGUGGCAGUGGACAGGGAGGCUCGACUUGGAGCCAGUCCCUUCCCAGAUGUGGUGGAGCAGGUGUUCCAUGAGGUGGGAAUUGGCAGCGUUCUGACCUUGCAGCGAUUCUGGCAAGUGAGGAUCAAGGACUAUCACAGCUACAUGCUGCAGCUCAGUAAGGAUCUAUCAGAGGAAUACGAGCGACUGGUAAAUCCAGAGAAAGCUCUUGAGGACUCAAAGUCCCCGAAGAUCAAGGUGGAGGCCAUGAAUGACAUUCCCUUCCCUGUUAGUGAGGAGCCUGAGGCUGACUUGGCCUCCGGGGACCAGGCUUUGCCAAUGGGGGUCCUUGGUGCCAAUGCUGAGAGGCUGGCUUCAGGGCUGGAUGGAGACCAUUCUCCUCAUACCUCAGGUGGAGGUGUGGCAAACAACUCCCCUCUGUGGCCUCAGGUAAAAGUGGAGCCACAGGACGGCGAGGAAGGCCAAGCUUCGGCUCACCAUCAUCAUCACCACCACCACCACGGGGUCCUGGGCGGAGAUGUGUUUGAGGACGGUGGGCCCAUGUCCACCAUGAGUGAGUCAGGAGGAGUAAUGGGGCCCUCACCCGGAGGGGUGGGAUCUGAUGGAAGCUAUGCUUCCCAUUCGCCCGACUCCAUGAUGGUUGACGAUUUUGACCAGAGACCCAAGAAACGGACAAAGAAGAUGUGAGGCUGUUUUGGCAGAGAAAUUGACUCUGAGCCAAAGUGCUGAAACACACCAGUGUUAAUCUGACAAGAGCGCUGAACUCAUGGUGGAAGGCGGGGCUUUUGUAGUUCUUUGUUUUUACUAAAUAUAUUAAUGGAGUUAAUCACCAAAAGAAUAAACAUCUUCUGGGGAACCAGCUGCACUAA